GCGUGAUCCCUAGCUGGAAACAGGGAUGGAAUGGACUAGCAAUUGCAACAGCCUGGAAGGUCAAAAUACUUCAGAUUGAGUUCUCUUGUGGUAGUAUGGCAGCAGCGUUCCUAAAUGGCAAGGAUGCAAACUCUCUCCUCAAACGUUUUCCACGGGCUAAUGGCUUCCUGGAGGAGUUCCGGCCGGGCAACAUUGAGAGGGAGUGUGCUGAGGAGAGCUGCAGCUUUGAGGAGGCCAAUGAAGUGUUUGAAAAUAAAGAGCGAACGAUGGAGUUCUGGAAAAACCGCAGCAUCUACACAGUGAACAGCAAUGCUGAUUCCCGCUCGGAGCGGCCGGACGCUGUGUACAUGGUGGUGCCCCUACUGGGCGUGGCUCUCCUCAUCAUCAUUGCGCUCUUCCUCAUCUGGCGCUGUCAACUGCAGAAGGCCACACGUCGGCGUCCGGCCUACACCCAGAACCGCUAUCUGGCUAACCGUAACGCCCGCAGCCUCCCGCGCAUCCUGGUGCACCGGGACCCUCCCUCGCAUUCAGAGAACUCUCACGCCAAUGACAGGCCCAGCGUGGUGGUCAGCAGUGCCCAGAGGGGCGGGGCUUCAGUCACGCCGCAAGAUGCCCAUCAUCACGCCAGCCACUCUCAGAACAAUCGCUCCCUGUACGUGCAAGAUUCGUCUUUGUCCGUGGCUUCCCACCUGUCAGGGGCAACCCCACCGCCAUCCUACGAGGAAGUUACUGGCCACUUAGAGAGCAGCAGCGAUGAGACGACAGCCCCCUACAGUGAUCCUCCGCCCAAAUAUGAGGAGAUAGUGCUAGAAAAGUGAGAGUUUUCAUAAAAGAAGACACAUAUAGUGGUAACCAAACAUUAGGGAUACACUGGUUCCCAAGCACUUAUCCUAAUCUGGCUCUCACACCAAACAGAGUGUGCAGGCUAUGUAUGUGACGGUCUCCUUGUGUCGUUGAUCAGUUUGUGGACUGCACUGGUAAACGUGGUUGUUUUUCAAGUCGCAAAGGGUCCUUCUACCUUCACACUCAUGCGGCCUUCUCACCAUUUCCGUGUACCUUCACUCCUCCUUCAACCUCUCACACUGCAACCCACGGCUGCAACGGCUGCCCUUCAGAAAGAAGAGAUAUUGCCAAGUUGUGCGCUGCAUGGUAAUCGCAUCGGGCAUCGAGGUUUAGAGCCUGCUAGGAAUCGAAAGGAGCGUUCAUGUGGGAAAACAAGAUGAUGUGCCAAAUUUAAUUGGUGUAUCGUAGAAAUGUUCAGACAUGGAAUAUUUAUAGAGCGUGCGUGCUGUCCUUUCUUGUGCUUAUAAAUUUGUGAUUUCAUAGAUUCCCUUAUACCAGCAGUAUCUCUGAUCCAUGCCAACGUCCUUAGAAUUAGUAAUACAUGUAAACUGUAACACUGAUGGGAACAAAACAAAUGCAAAAUACAACAUCCAAGUCACAUAUUUGUAAAAUUGAAUAUGGCGAUUACACCGUCGUUUGGAAAAUGCACUCAAAGGUAUGCACACAGUUUGAUUGUUUACAGCCACAUACACAGAAAUGUACAUAGAAUGUAAUGCGUUUGUUUCUUAUGGAGCUGGGCCUUAGAAACACAGAGUAGUCAAUCAAAUCGUCUGCUCAGCUGCUUGUGAUUUUACGGUCAUUGAGAGAUUUUACCUCAAACGCUGUGCUCACACAAUCACUCUCCAAGACACAAAUGCACCAAAACUCAAACAAAAUACUGUGUUUGGGGCUCAAUCAUUGGAUAAUACAACAUUCCAGGCCCUCGAUUUUCUUGUUUUGUUGUUCUCCCCAUCGUACUCAGACUGUUUACAAUGUGUUUUAUUACUGUU